AUGGCUGGUCGCCUCCUUGGCCGACUUAGGACGAAAGACCCAGCGCAGCUGGUCCAGGCGGCCCACCAGGCCUUCUUGCGGUUGCCCUUUGAGGCCAACCCAGAGCGGGUGGCGGAUGAGAUAGCGAAGCUGCUGCACAGCAUGAAGGAGGCGAUGUUUGGCGAGGAGGAGGCGGGGCAGCCGCACAGCAACAAGGAGGCGGCGGUGCUGAUUGCGUACGAGGCGGUGAGCACGGGCCUGCUCACCGACAUGGUCUCAUACCUGGGCAUGCUGGAGUUUGAGAGCCGCAAGGACCUGGUGGCCAUCUUUGGAGCGCUGGUGCGCAUCGAGCACAGCGGCGAGUUCCCGGGGAUGAACUACAUCCUGGACCACGACGCCAUACUGGCCACGCUGUUUGACGGGUACGAGGACCCGGAGAUAGCGCUGCACUGUGGGGCCAUGUUCCGCGACUGCAUACGGCACGAGGCGGUGGCGCGCCUCGUCCUCGAGUCCACCAUCUUCACAGAGAUGUUUGGGCAGCUGGAGAUGUCCAACUUCGAGGUGGCCUCGGACGUGUUUGCGACGUUCAAGGACCUGCUGACGCGGAACAAGGCGCUGAUCGCGCACUUCCUGGCAGACAACUACGCAGAGUUCUUCAAGCUGUACACCGAGCUGCUGCGCAGCGACAACUACGUGACGCGGCGGCAGAGCCUGAAGCUGCUGGGGGAGCUGCUGCUGGACCGCAGCAACGUGAAGAUCAUGAUGCAGUACGUCGCCGACGUGGACAACCUGUGCCUCAUGAUGAACCUGCUCAAGGACCCCUCCCGCUCCAUCCAGUUUGAGGCCUUCCACGUGUUCAAGGUGUUUGUGGCCAACCCCAACAAGACGCGCCCCGUGGUCGAGAUCCUGUUCAACAACAAGGACAAGCUGCUCAAGUACCUGGACGACUUCCACAACGACAGAGACGAUGAGCAGUUCAAGGAGGAGAAGGCCGUGAUCAUCAAGGAGAUCAGCCUGCUGCAGCCGGCGCCGCCGCAGCCGGCGCCGCAGUAG